AUGCCGGAAUUCAUCAGCGUCACCUUCCCGAACGCAUCUACCGAGAUCAAUCCAAUCCCCAACGCCUCGAUUGAUCCAGAGUACCUCGUUCGCUACGCUCGCAACCUCGAUGAUUAUGGUUACAACUACACGCUGGUGCCAUAUGACUCCUCAUCAUAUGAUCCAUUCACCAUUGGAGCCACCAUUCUCUCUGUGACUAAGAACAUCAAGGUCAUCAUUGCCCUGCGACCCAACACGUUGUACCCCACAGUUGCAGCAAAGGCACUAGCUACAUUGGACCAACUGAGCUCCGGUCGCGUCGUUGUUCACUUUAUCGCAGGCGGAAGCGAUGCAGAACAGGCCAAAGAAGGAGACUUCCUGAGCAAGGAUGAACGUUACGCGCGCCUUGAGGAUUAUAUCAAGAUUCUCCGCCGUGCAUGGAAAUCCGACGAGUUAUUUGACUGGGACAGCAAAUACUACCAGUUCAAACAGUUCAGCAACCGCGUUCGGCCAACCAACGGCACAAUCCCGGUCUCAGUCGGCGGGUCAUCAGAUGAAGCAUACCGCAUUGGAGGUUCCCUGGCUGAUAUCUUUGGACUCUGGGGUGAACCUUUGAAAGAAACCAAGGAUCAAAUUGAUCGCAUUUAUGCUGAGGCAGCAAAGGCCGGUCGCCCGGACUCGGACAGACCUCGCAUCUGGGUGACCUUCCGUCCUAUCAUUGCAGAGACCGAAGAUCUCGCCUGGGCCAAAGCACAUAAGACUCUCGAUGCACUGACCACCAACCGAGCGAAGGGGCAAGGCAAGGUCCCCGCUGAUGCGCCACCUCCACAGAACGCAGGUUCCCAGCGCCUUCUUGAUAUUGCCGCCCGUGGGGAGGUCCAGGACCGAGCUCUUUGGUAUCCGACUGUUACGGCAACUAAUGCUCGUGGCGCAUCCACUGCCCUGGUUGGAUCGCCCAAGACUAUUGUCGAGUCCCUCCUUGACUACAUUGAUCUUGGCGCGGACCUCAUCUCUAUCCGGGGUUAUGAUAAUCUCAACGACGCCAUUGAUUAUGGACGGUUCGUGCUCCCCAAAGUUCGCAAGACUCGGCCCGAACCGAGCCGACUUGCCGGCCCUGCGCCCUCGGCCCCACCUGCCGCUCCGAUCGCCUGGCUGAGCAAGAUCCGAUCUACAACGGAUCCGAAUCAUACGAUUAUGACGAACAAUACUAUCAUAUCUCAGUCGCCUGUUGGCGCCAACUGCCAGGAACACAAACCUGGCCCCGCUCCAUCUGGUCUCAGAGACCUUGCAGGUGACGAAGACUUCUACAACCCCGCUCACCGUGGUUCUCAAUCCGGAAUUAGUGAACUGGAGCAGGGUGUCACAGACUACGAGAAGUUCAUGCGCUCGUUUGACCUUGAUCCCCAUCCUCCGUACGAUACUAUCAUUUCAGCCCAGGCGGAAUACGAGAAACUCCUCCGACUUGAACAUCACCGAACUCGUGCUGUCACCGAACGCCUUAGGGCCGCUGAAGUCGCGCACUCCGACGAGUUAAUGCAAAUGAAGUACAGCGAGCUUGAGAGGUACAAUGAGCUAAAGGAGCGACAUGACCGCGCCGUUGAAGAGGCAAAGGAUUACGCCUACGCACUGCGCCGUCUGCGACUUGACGAACCGACUCCCGCGGGACCCGAGGUACUUACUUCCGAUGAAACCGCAAAUCGAACAAAAUUCUAUCAAUCUGCCUUCACUGCUGAGAGCGUUGAAGGGGACACCAAGCCCCGAAUCAGCAAGUCCACCUACCUCCCCGACCCGGAAAGACUCGACGAUGGAGUCAACCCCACCUUUGAGAGCUGGCUCGUUGAUAUGCGCGGCAAGCUUAUGCUCAACGCAGACCAUUACCCCACUGAACUGCACAAAAUUACCUACGUGGCUUGUCGAACCACUGGAAAGGCCCACAUGCACUUGAACGCCCGUCUGAGCCAGGAUGCCGUUCUUCCGUACACUGGAGCCGAGGACAUGUUCGAGGACCUCAAGGAGAUGUUCAACGACGAAUCUACGGAGUACAGGCUAGAGGCCAUGAAAACUACAGAUGACUUCUACCCCUACCUAUGCAAGUUUUUGCAGAGCGCCGGUGCCCAGGGAAGACCUUAUGAGUCCUUGAAGUUCGAGCUGGGUAUCCACCUGACUGAAAGACUCAUGACAGCGGUCGAGCCUGAAUUUCAUGACGAGUUCGUCACGCUUGGAGAGUUUGCUAUGUUCUGUGCGGAGGAAGCUAAUCGUCUGGAUCUGGAGCGUGAACAAGGAUUUAGCUGGUGA